UAGCGCAGGUCGGCGUACCGCGAGCAUCUUCGAUCUUACUGAAUUUUUUGGGGUGUAACCGUGUUGAGUUUUCCACCUGCUCUGUUCGAACGAGUGUGUGUGUUUCUGUGUUUGUUUGUCUCGCGCAGUGUUUUGCUGUGAAGUGUGUAGAAAUCCGCUUUUGAACGCGGUGUUUACUCCAACAGUUUAUCUACGAUCAAUCAACCGUAACAAUCAAAAUUAAAAAUGGCGCCCCGCAACAAGGAACAGGAAGCCGAAGUACUGCAGUGGAUCAGCGACGUGUUGGGGGAAAAGUUGCCGCCCGGUCCGUACGAGGAUGUGCUGAAGGAUGGUGUUGUGCUCUGCAAGCUGAUCAACAAGAUGGCACCGGGCUCGGUGAAGAAGAUACAGGAGCGUGGCACAAACUUCCAGCUGAUGGAAAACAUCCAACGCUUCCAGGCGGCCAUUAAGAAGUAUGGUGUCCCGGAGGAGGAAAUCUUCCAGACGGCGGAUCUGUUCGAGCGGCGCAACAUCCCGCAGGUGACGCUCUGUCUGUACUCGCUCGGAAGAAUUACCCAAAAGCACCCGGAAUUCAAUGGACCAACACUUGGUCCCAAAAUGGCGGACAAGAAUGAGCGCAAUUUCUCCGAUGAGCAGCUGCGGGCUCAUCACGGUGAGCUGAAUCUACAGAUGGGCUACAACAAAGGUGCCUCACAGGCAGGCUUGGGAUCGUUCGGCAACUCCCGUCAUAUGUAGAUUCGCGCGGUUUCUUUUUUUUUGUUGGACCCCCUAAAGUGGUUCUUUACCGUCAUGCGCCUUAACACAUUGACGGUUCGUUUUUAGUGUAUCCGGGAGCACGUGUCCGUAUCCGUCUGUUUGGUGUUUUCUUUAUGUACAAACAAAACAAACAAAAUCAACUCAUUCGCGUUCUUCUAUUUCCAUCACCCAUUGCUUCAGAAAAUUAGAGAGAAAGAUAAAAAGAUAGAGCGGGAGAGAGAGUGAGAGAGUGAAGCAGAAAGAGAUGUGGAAGGGAAAAGUCCAUUCGUUCAGUUAGCGUUACACAAAUUCAUCUUCGAGGAUCCGUCAUAUGUGCAUCAUUGCUAUUUUUAGGGUUUUAAAUACACGAACAAAUCGCCACCCGCCCCAGUCCCGUAGCCGUACUAAUCGUUCCGGCCCGGCCGAACGGUUUGCGCUCGCAACCUAUGACACCUACGCGCCAAAUCUAACCUUCACAUUAAGGACGUAGCUAUCGCAGGAGGGCAAAUCUAUUAAAGGCUCUUAAAAAUCAACAACAAACACACAAGCACACAGUCAUUCGUACGAUAAUCUCAUAUUUCAUCGGCACCUUUAUCUAGCAAUUAUCCAUAGUUAAGUGCGUGAAUGCCGAAAAUAAGAUGAUAGAACUGUGUCUAGAAUGCAGUCGGUUCUGCAAGAGCAUAACGGUGCGUACAGUCCUCUGUGCGAAGUAUGAAAUGUGUUUUGUUUUAUUGCGCUUUGCUUUUGCUAUCAUAACAUUACAACACCUUUCCUCUCAUAGCAAUCGGCAAUUGUAUUAUAAAUGGCGUACGGACUACAAAUAAAUAAUAUAUAACACUAA